AUGCUCCAGAACAUCCCUUUCAUCGCCCUGGUACUUGCAAUUACAGCAUCAGCGGCUCCCCUUGAUGACACCAACCAUCUCAACAACGCGGCCUCGGGGCUCAAAAGACGACAGGUCAUCCCUCCUCCUUGUAUCCCCUACAUCAGAACGCUGAAGCACGGCGACGGGAACCCCAAGAAGAAAUUCCUACACAAGCAGGUUACCGUGAGUAAGAAUGAAAGCUUUCGCAACUUCCAGCUUCUCAUCAACGUGUCAGACCACGCACAAAUGCACCGACGGCCCAUGCGGCAUCGAAAAAGAGGACAGCGAGACCUACACAAAAACGAAUGGAGCGCCUCCAUCGCCGACCCGCGGGGCUUCUUCAGCGCCGGCUUCGCCGUAUCCCAAGCCAUCACGACGGGUCAGACGCAGGUCUGCAACAACAGUGACGACACGGAGAACCAGUCGCUCUGCGUGUCGUGGUCGAUUGCGCAUACCGAGUACGAGGUCCCAGGACUGGGAGAUAUCGGGCUGCGGCAGUUCAAAGCCGAAAAGAGGAUGUGUACAGCAUCACGGCGCCGAACUCGGACUUGGGAGAGAAUACUUCGUAUUGUGUGA